AGGACAUUCAACCGCACCAUCCACAACAUGAUGAGGCCAGGCGGAUUCAGUUUGCCAGCUACUAACGCGUGGGACUCCGCCAUUAUCCUAUCUCUAGGUGGGCGCGGCCCACGAAGGUGUCCGUCCGAGAAGGGUGGUGCAUUCAAGGUGGGUACAUAGUCCCCACGCAGGUUUGUAUAUUUCCCUUUAGUUGUCUUGCCAUCUACCUCCAAUCUGUUACACAAGUGUUCAGUCAUUUCUUGUCUUCUUCGAAUCUAAACUGCCAAAAUGGGAUCAGUUGAGAACGCUUGGCGGGUGCUGGACGUUGCCAUUAUUGGAGGCGGAAUUGGAGGUUUAUGCGCUGCGAUUUCACUUCGAAGGGCGGGCCACAAAGUAACAAUCUACGAGCGAGCAGAUUUUGCUGGAGAAGUUGGCGCCUCAAUUAGUUGCGCGGCAAACGGCACGAGAUGGCUUGAAAGUUGGGGCGUGGACAUCCCAAAGGGGAAACCUGUGGUUCUCAAGAAGCUCAUCUCCCACGACUGGAAGACGGGUAAUGAUGUGAACAUAUACGAUCUUGCGGAUUACAAGGAAAGAUGGGGAUAUGUCUACAACAUGUUCCACAGAGUCGAUAUGCAUGCAAUGUUGAUGGAGACGGCCGUGGGCGAGUCUGGAGAAGGCAUCCCGUCUAUUCUCAAGGUCAACCACAAAGCCUUGGAGAUCAACCAUGAAGCAGGCAUCAUCAGUUUCGAAAAUGGUAUGCAAGCUAAGCAUGACUUGAUCGUUGGAGCCGAUGGGAUUGGAUCUUUAGUACGACAGACAUUAGGCAUCAUUCCCGACAGAAAACAGUCGACUUCUCACUGUCUUCACUGCAUCAUUGCUACGGAGGAUAUCCACAAACUCGGUCUUCACGACUAUUCUCCAAACGAAUCAAUCGAAUACUGGGGUGGCCAAGGGAUCGACAAGAUUGUUUUCUCGCCAUGUCGUGAGGGACAACUCCAUUCAUUCUACUGUUUUUUUCCAGUUGAAAAGGCCAAGAAUCCUGGUGAAGGAUGGAGUCACCAGGUUGGCGUGGACGAACUCCUCGAGCCUUUCGGAACGUUGGACCCAGACCUUUUGGCAUUGUUCAAGAACUCCACGGAUAUCAAACCCUGGCGGUUAUUUGUUCAUCAACCAUAUCCCCACUGGCAGUCAGGAACAACCUGUAUCAUGGGCGACGCCGCACACCCAAUGAUGCCCGACCAAAGUCAGGGCGCAUGUCAAGCGAUUGAAGACGCUGCGGCCCUUGGUCUUGUUUUCAGCAAGGAUUAUUCUUUCACAAACACCGCUGAAGACAUCAGCAAAGGACUUCAAGUUUAUGAGCAAGUCCGCAAACCUCGUGCAACUCGUGUCCAAGAAGCCAGUGCAAGGGCGAGAGUAAACAUCACAGAGCGUAUUGGCUUCUCAAGUAAUACGUCAAAUCCUUUAUACAAGGUGGUGGAUGAGAAUAAGAAGUUGACCAUAGAAGAGAUGAACGAGUAUGAUAUGCCUGCGGAUGUGAAGAAGAAGGCUGCGGCAGCUGGGGUUGAGUUGAGGGUUGGUUUGUGAUUCUGCAAUAGAUCAAGUUUAAUUUAUACCCUUUGAACCGAAA